AUGGAGAGUCUGGGUCGUUCGUGCCUGUGGCUGCACCAGGAGCUGUCGCCCCCGCGUCCACAGCUUCUGCUGCUGGACUGCCGCAGCCGGGAGCUGUACGAGUCGGCGCGCAUCUGCGGGGCGCUGAGCGUGGCCCUGCCCACGCUGAUGCUGCGCCGCCUGCAAAGAGGGAGCUUGUCUGCGCGGUCGCUCCUGCCUGGGCCACCGCUGCAGCCUCCCCCACCUGCUCCUGUGAUCCUGUACGACCAGGGUAAUACCGGGUGCCAGCGCGGAGAGGCCGAGGCUGAGGCCGGGGCCGCGGCCGCGGCUGGGGCCGGGGCUGAAGCCGGAGCCGGAGCCGGAGCCGGAGCCGGAGCCGAAGCGGGAGCCGGAGCGGGGGCCGAAGCCGGAGCAGGGGCCGAGGCCGAAGCCGAGGAGUGGGAUGCUGAUUCGGUACUGGGCAUCCUGCUCCUGAAGCUGCGGGAAGAAGGCUACCCGGCGUACUACCUACAGGGUGGCUUCAGCAAAUUCCAGGCCGAGUGUCCACACCUGUGUGAAACCAGCUUCAGUGGUCGCCCUGGCUUAAGCCUGGCCUCAGGGUCAAUGCCUGUGGUGGGGCUAGUUGGCCUGUGCUUGACCUCCGAAGCCUCUGAUGCAGAAUCUGAGGCUGAGCGCGACUCCGUAAGCUGUGGCCCAGAUUCUGAGAGCACCACACCCCCUCCAAGUGGGCUGAUACCACCCUUCCCGGUCCAGAUCCUGCCCAACCUCUACCUAGGCAGUGCUCGAGAUUCAGCCAACUUGGAGAGCCUGGCCAAGCUUGGCAUCCGCUAUAUCCUCAAUGUCACCCCCAACCUUCCUAAUCUCUUUGAGAAGAAUGGUGACUUCCACUACAAGCAGAUCCCCAUCUCCGACCACUGGAGCCAGAAUCUGUCCCAGUUCUUUCCAGAUGCCAUUACAUUCAUUGAUGAGGCCUUGUCCCAGAACUGCGGGGUGCUCGUCCACUGCCUGGCAGGAGUCAGCCGCUCUGUCACUGUCACCGUGGCCUACCUCAUGCAGAAGCUUCAACUCUCACUCAACGAUGCCUACGACUUGGUCAAGCGGAAGAAGUCUAACAUCUCGCCCAACUUCAACUUCAUGGGGCAGUUGCUAGACUUUGAGCGCACUCUGCGCCUGGAGGAGAAGCGCUCUGGGGGGAGGGGCAGUGGGGGGCCAGAGUCCACUGUCUCAGACCCACCCUCCUUCUUUACUACCCCUACCAGCGAUGGGGUCUUUGAGCUCGACUCCACAUAAAGCGCUAUGAGAAUGCUGGGCGGGUCCCUACCUAUGAUCCCUUGUAUUAGCAGGGAUGGGGUCCAGCCAUAAGCAAGGAAAGGGGAGGGGGGAGGGAAAGCUCAAUACCUCACAUGGGGGCGGUGGAGCAAGGCAGGAACAGAGCAGAAACCUGCCCUACCCACUUGGGGCCAGCCCCAGAUUCUAUUACACGUGCCUAUGGGUGGACCCGUGGCCACGGGUCUGACCCGCACCGCUUUAGGGCGGGACCAUGCUCCAGAACCGGCCUCUUCUGCGACUGUUACUUUAUUCUUUUGGGGUGGGAGUGAGACUUCUUAUCCAAGAGACCAUUCCAGAUUGCCGCAGCCCGCUGCCUGGGCCCUGGCCCUUCUUGCAGUUUCCUUUUCAGGAAGAGCAUGUCACACUCUGCCACAGGGACCUGCUCUCAGUUCCUUCCCUAUCCCCAAACAGCCACCUGUGGGGAAAGGCCUCACUACCUUCACUGGUGUGGUCUCCUUCUUGCUACUCUGACUAGGGCAUAGACCUCUUGGAGCACUGAGGUGUGAA